UCGGUGACCAAAGGAGCGAAAAGAACAAAAACCCAAUCAAUGUGAGAAAACAGGGACACCUUGGACGAUUUGCUUCAUCGCGACUGCUUUUGUGUUGUUCUUUUUGUCUGCCUGCUGGAGGAUGAGGCUGACAGUUGUUGCCUGUGGGUAUUUCAAAAAGUAUGUCCAACGUGAAAUAGCUAAAGCAAGUGGAUAUUCACUAUACAAACCUUUGCAAGGAUGGAGGCAUGUUAGAAAAAGACAGUGGAUUUAUGACGAAAACCAGCCCUGGACAGAUGCAGCAAAAGAAACAAAUUUUCCCGGAAAGAAACUAAGAGAACUCAUAGAACCGAUUCCCCAAUCACAGUGGAUGAUCUUCAAAGGCGAUAGGGUACUAGUGUUGAAAGGCAUCGACAAAGGUAAAAUUGGAAUUGUGUGCAUGCUGGUCAAAGAGAGGAACUGGUGCUUUGUAGAAGGGCUCAAUUGCAACUACAGAUGGGUGGACAGGAGUACGUCCAACCCCGGAGUCUUGUCCAAGGUAGAGAAGCCUCUGCUGGUCACCAACGAGGUGGCUCUCCUUGACCCAAGUGACCAACAGCCCACACAAGUGGAGUGGAGAUUCGACGAGGAUGGUAACAGAGUGCGCGUGUCCCUGAGGAGUGGCCGGAUUGUCCCCAUCUCAGAGAAGUACCUGGACGAAGCUGAGGACGGUGUGCUGAAGAGUUCCUACAUUGAGCAAAACUGGGACACAAAGGAGAAAGAGCUGACCAAAGUGACCUACAAACCUUCCCUUUCAUCAUUUGAAGCUGACAUCAUGCAGGCCAUGGGCAUUAAAGAGGAUAGAAAAAGAGCCCCAGUAUUUUACUACUGACCUCACAUCUGCAUUCAUUCUUUCUGUACAUCUGCUUUUUGCCCUGCAAAAUAUAAAUACCAUUGUGAAAAGAUCA